AUGCUCGCUUGUCCGCAAGACACUUCCUUUGGUCCUGCAUCGACAUGCAGAGAUCUCGACUUCACCCUGCAAUUUGAACAAAUGAUCCUGUCAUUUACGCCUGACGUCAUUUUCGUCGCAUUCGCUGCAUUACGACUUGCCGCAUGUGCCAGGACGAAAAGCCUUCUGGGUACUCCAGGAUGGCCGCUCGUACUCGCAAAGCUUAUUUCUGUGCUCUUGACCACAGCUAGUACCGCUGCGAACCUGUUCUUCGCUCUUCGAUUGAAGGAGCAAGACUUGAUACCAAUCUGGGUAGCUUCCCCGGCACUUCAACUGGUUUCGUCUAUUCCAUUGGCUUUCCUAGUUCUUGUCGAACACUUCCGGUCGCCCGCACCAAGCAUGUUGAUCAUAUGCUACACGCUUCUCAAGAGUCUCUUCUGCUCUGUGUUACUACGCAGUUAUCUGAAGAUUGGUUUGUUCAGCACCGCGCGUUCUGGCGCUGUGGCAUUGACCUUGGUAACCGCGUCGUACAUGCUGGUCCUCUGUGCAGAGCUAGUGGAGAAGCGAAGGCUGCUCCGUCACAAGGUCCUGGCUCCUGUAUCGACAUCGAGCUUUUUCUCUCGUUCGUUGUACUUCUGGCUGUUCCCACUCUUGUGGAACGGUCGUAAGAAGGUCCUCACCAUCGACGAUUGUGGCAUGAUUCCGGAUGGCCUGUCGGCGCUCAGUACACGCUCAGCUUUGCAGAAUGCUCUCUCAACGACAGGGCAGCGGAGCAAUUACUUGGUCCGAGCUACAGUAAAGGCAUUUGCGAUGAAAUUCCUCGCUCCCGCGGGUCCACGUCUAGCUUUACUUCUCGUGACGUUCGCUCAACCAUUGCUCGUCAAUCGAACGAUCAGCUUCGUCACCUCCGAAAAUUCAGACACUCAGGGCUGGGCACUCGUUGGAGCGUUCGUCUGUGUGUACGCUCUGAUUGCGAUCACCACUUCUUUGUACUGGGAAAAGGUGUACGAUGCGACUGUGGGACUGAGGGGCGCCCUUGUCGGUGUCAUCUACUCGAAGAGCCUCAAACUUUCCUCUGCCGCAAGCCGAUCCCUUGGGGGUGGUGUGGCGAGCACCUAUAUGUCUGUCGACGUCGAGCGGGUCUGCGAAGGAGCUCAAAGCUUUCAUGAGAUCUGGGCUUGUCUAGCUUCCGUCGGAAUGACGAUUGCUAUCGUAUACCAUCAAGCCACCUGGCCUGCAUUCUUGCCGAUAGCCGUUACAGCUCUGCUGUUGAUAGCCACGUCAUUUGUCGGGCGAUAUGUUGGCCGACAACAGUCUGCGUGGCUUGCUGCUACCGAUCGACGUGUCAAGUUUAUAUCUUCGAUGAUCAGCAACUCCCUGUCUAUCAAGUGGUCCUGCUACGAAGAGGUCCUCGCCGCAAAAGCUGGAAGGCUGCGACAGGAGGAGAUGGACGAAGCUCGUAAAUUUUACAAUGGUAUCGCUCUCUCGGCUGCACUGGCCAACACAGCUGGAACGCUCUGCAUUCUGUCUGUGCUCGGCCCGUACGUUCUCCUUGCUGCGCGUAAUGGCAGGGCGCCUCUCGACGUCAACCGUCUCUUCACAAUCGUUACGACGCUGAACCUUGUCUCGCAGCCACUCAGCUUCUUAGGCCAGCAUUUCCCCAUCCUCGCAGCAUCUUGGGCGUCUCUCAAGCGGAUACAGACGUUCUUGCUCCUGGAUGAGUGUCCAGGUGAUCAGCUCGGAAGCAAUGAGAAGUUUGAAAAUCUGUACGAGGCCACCGAUGGCGUCGAGUUGGAGACUUGCACACCCCCGGCGAUCACUAUGACCCAGGCCUCUUUCGCUGGGCGCCUGACGGGCAAGUCUCUGCUACUUCUGUCAAUUCUCGGCGAAACCACAUGCACGGCUGGACAGUAUAGCAAGCCUUCGACACGCUUUGCGUAUGCGUCGCAGGACGCUCUGAUUAUACCUGGGACCAUUCGAGAAAAUAUCCUGUUCGGGCGGGCCUUCCAAGCUGAACGCUACUCUCGAGUAAUCGAUGCCUGCGCUCUCACUGCGGACGUACGCAAGAUGCCAGCGGGAGACGGUACAUGGUUGGGUGAAAGAGGGCGUAGGCUCAGCGGAGGCCAGAAACAGCGUAUUGCACUCGCGCGGGCUGUCUAUGCCGACGCUCCUUGGACGCUCUUGGACGAUCCACUGAGCGCUUUGGACGCAGAGAGCGAAUCGCACAUCUUUAGCUCUCUCUUCGGUCCUGACGGCAUGUUGGUGCAUAAAGCUGUUGUGUUAGUCACGCAUAGCGUCAAGCACAUGCAUGCUGCACAUAGCACCGUUGUCCUCGGCGCGGGUCGCAUCCAGCAUCAGGGCUCCUUACAAGAUUUCAUCAAGCAAGGCUACGAAGCAUUAGUUGAGAUCGCCACGCCGGCUGCAGACCCAUCUGCAGAGGACGCUCGUGAGGAGGAAAUCGGGGAAGCAGCUCUCAAAAAGGAGUCUUUGGGGCUCUCUCCGUACCGAUUUUACAUUCGUAUGAUCGGGCGACUGAAUUUCAUCAUCGCCAUGUCCGGGAUUGCACUAUAUACUUGUAUGAGACUUGGGCUACAGGUGUAUCUCCAGCAAUGGGCGGACAGCAAUGGCGCACGUCCUGGAGCUUGGGCUGGUGGUUAUGCAGGGUUCUCAAUCUUAACGCUCAUUGGCCUCGCGUUCACGUUUUGGCAAUUUUCGGUGCUCGUGGCAUAUCGUGGCGGUUUAGCGGUGCACGCGGAGGAACUGAAAGGCUUGGUUCAUGCCGCGCCUUCCUUCUUCAUGUCCACACCUGCCGGCAGGAUCAUCAACCGAUUUUCUCAGGAUAUCUUCCUGAUCGACUUUGAGUGGCCUGUGAAUCUCCUUGAUGCUCUAGCGAUCGUAUUGCUGUUGAUUGGAACCUUAAUAUUCAUAUUUAUUCCCACCCCGUUGCUCACUCUGUCUGUAAUCCCUCUCGGAGCAUUCUACUAUCUGACAACGACCUUCUACCUGCGCACAUCGAAGCAGCUUCAACACCUCGAGGCUUCCAGCAAAUCGCCCUUGUACUCUGUCUUUGCUACAACCCUAAGCGGCAUUGAAACGAUUCGGGCUCUCCGCGUCGAAGGGCAUCUCCAAAAACAAAACGAUGUGUAUCUCAAUCGAAGCCAGACGCCAUACUACUAUCGUUUCGGAGGCAUAAGGUUCCUUCGAACCGUGCUGGCGUUCAUCUCGUUCGCCAUCGCCGUCAGUCUCGCUGCACUGACAAUUGGUCUCCGUCGGACGAUCAACCCCUCCUCGCUGGGUUUGGCGCUCUCCAACCUCACGGGCCUUUCGAAUUGGCUUUCGGCUUUAUUGAUGUGUCUCGCCGAAGUCGAGAACGGCUCCGUCUCCAUUUCCAGGAUACACGAGAUCGUGACGCUGCCUCCCGAAGAAGAUUCCGCUGCCUACGUUGCUUUUGACGAGAAUUGGCCGUCCGCGGGCAGCGUCGAGUUCAAGGGCGUCAGUAUGCGGUACCAACCGGACCUGCAACCUGCCGUCUCCGACGUAUCGUUCCGCGCAUCUGCUGGGAUGAAAAUAGGCAUCUGCGGGAGAUCUGGCUCGGGAAAGAGCAGCAUGAUCCUCGCCCUCUUCCGAGGCCUCGACGACGCGCUCGUCUCCGGCCAGGUCACCAUCGACGGCGUUGACAUCCACACCCUGCCGCGCGCCCGCCUGCGCAAAGCCCUCAGUCUCGUCGCCCAAGACCCGUUCGUCUGGCACGCGUCGAUCCGCUCGAACCUCGACCCAGAGGAAGCGCACGAAGACGCGGACAUCUGGGCCGCCCUCGACCGAGUCGGGAUGGGCGACGCGGUGGCGGAGCUCCCGGAGAAGCUGGACACGGUGCUCGAGGACGGCGGCUCGUUGUCCAAGGGGCAGCUGCAGCUGCUCUGCCUGUCCAGGGUGCUCCUCCGCCGGAGGAAGAUCGUCGUGCUCGACGAAGCGAGCAGCAGCCUGGACCUCCGCACGGACGAGAAGAUACGCGCCGUCAUCCGGACAGAACUUUCCGAGUGCACUGUCAUAGCCGUCGCGCAUCGUAUCGUCGACUUCGAUCUGAUCCUCGUCAUGGACGACGGCGCGCUCGUCGAGCACGGCGCCCCCGAUGAGCUCCUCGCACGCCGAGACGGCCGGUUCGCGCGCCUCGCCGCGAGCCAGGGCGUCGUCCGCAAGCACUUACGAUAA